AUGGCCGGGGCCGGGGGCCCAGCGCGGCGGCUGCUCCGGCCCCGCCGGCAGCGGGGCGGCGAGGAGGCACCGGGAAAGCAUCUGGCCUGUCUGCAAAAAGCCGAGGAGGAGCGGCAAAGUGCAGAGCUGCUGAAACAGACUGAAGCCGAGAGGCAGAAGAUCGUUGCGGAGUGGAAGGAGCUGCGAGGGUUCCUGGAGGAGCAGGAGCAGCUCCUGCUGUCCCAGCUGGAGGAGCUAGCCAGAGCCAUUGUCAGGAGAAGGGACGAGGGCGUCUCCAGACCGUCCGGGGAGAUUUCCCUACUCGGAGAGGAGGGGCAGCAGCAGCCGAGGAGCCGAUCCCCGCAGGGUGCUGGACGCACUGAGAGCCGCAGGGAGGAUGGGCCGUUUCAGAAGCCAGAGCCGGGGUUUGCGGAGCUGGAGAAGAGACUCAGCGAUUUCUCUCUGAAAAGUGCCAUCCUGCAGGAGGUGCUGCUGGGAUUCAAAGAGACUCUGCGGCUGGAGCUGGAGAACCACACAGGGUUUCCAGUUUCCAAACCUGCUGAUGUCUCCCAGCUGGAACAAGGGGAAGAUCCAUGGGUCCUGGGUCUCCAGGGCUCAGAGGAAAGAGAGAUCCAGGGAGGUGCCUGCCGGGGUGAAGGGGCAGUAUGUAAGUGCAAGGAGGAGAAUCCUCAGCAGAAAGAUCACGAGCUAGUGGAACCACCCGGGAUGUUUUCAGAAAGAUUUGAAGGGAAUGUUCACUGGAGUCGUGAGCGGAGAAAAAGUCAUGAGAGUCAGCAGGGAAAUCAGCCAGGGGAUUGUCGGGGAAGUGGCAAGGAUCUCCAGGAAACCACAGCCCAGCAGAGAAUCCCCCCAGGAGAGAGAAAAAACACCUGCACUGAGUGUGGGAAAACCUUCAGUAGUCGCUCCAACCUUAUUACACACUGGAGAAUCCACACGGGAAAUAGACCCUAUAAAUGCUCAGAGUGUGGGAAAAGCUUCAAUCAGCGUUCAAACCUUAUUAAACAUUGGAGGAUCCACACGGGAAAUAGACCCUUUAAAUGCCACGACUGUGGGAAAAGCUUCACUGACAGCUCCAACCUUACUCAGCAUCAGAGAACCCAUGUGGGGGAGAGACCCUAUAGAUGCUCAGAGUGCGGGAAAAGCUUCACUCGGAGCUCAGACCUUAUUAGACAUGAGACAAUCCACACGGGAGACAGACCCUUUAAAUGCUCCAAGUGCGGGAAAAGUUUCAACGACCGCUCCAACCUUAUUACGCAUCAGAGAACCCACAUGGGGGAGAGACCUUAUAGAUGCUCCGAGUGCGGGAAAAGCUUCAGUGUGAGCUCCAGCCUGAUUACACAUUGGAGAAUCCAUACGGGAGAGCGACCCUAUGAGUGCUGCGAGUGCGGGAAAAGCUUCACACGGAGCUCAGACCUGAUCAGACACGAGACAAUCCAUACAGGAGACAGACCCUUUAAAUGCUCCAAGUGCGGGAAAAGCUUCAAUGACCGAUCAAACCUUAUUAGGCAUCAGAGGAUCCACAAAGGACAGUAAACUCAUUGACUAGGGCUGGCCAAAGAUGCUUUUGCUAAUUCCCACAGAGACCUUUAAGGCUGUUUGCACCAGCUGUGUCACCACAUGCUCUGAGCUGCCCCACUUCUGCAGCUCACCCUUCUUUGGGGUGAAUCCCAGGGCCCCUUCUAUCAGCUCCUGGUAGUGGAGAGGAUGGUGUCCCCCACCUGCCAGGAAUGUCCAUCAGCCCCAGCUGGGGAGAUAGCGGUGACCUCGACUAGCUACGUUGAGAUGUAAUAUGCCUAGGCCAUGUCUCCACUAGGAUUUUCCAUGGAGAUAAUUAGCUCAGGUUAGCUAUCCUGAUGUAAAACAUAACAACUCUUGCAGUGCAGCCAUAGCCCAUUAUCUAGCAUGUUCCUCCUUGACCUAACCUCCAUCACUUUUCCUAGCCUAGACAAACCCUGGGCAUCACGGUCCCCCACGGUCAGCAGAGCGAUUGUCAGAGGCAUUGAGUUCCCCCUUGGGGACAGAUUGGCUAUGUCUACACUCCAAAAACUCCUGCAGCAGCAAGUCUUAGAGUCUGCCUGGGUCUGCAGGCGUGGGCGUAUGCUACAGACCUAAAAAUAGCCAAGAAAACAGAUGAGGCUGGAGCUUGGGCUCUGAAGCCUGGGGAUGGAGCUUUUAGCGCUGUAGCAUGAGCCAGAGUCGAGAGACCCAGGAUCUGAGAAUCGCUGCCACUUUGCUUUUUGGGCAGUGUAAUCAUAUCCAUAGAGUUUAUUCUGCCCGCAUUCUACCGCUCCACCUCCCAAAGCGUCAUGUGAUGCAACGUUCUCGGCUCUCUGAUUCAGGAUCACAUUGUGAUACCUACGUGCAGACGCGUUAGGGCGGGAACUGAAAGAGUCACAGACCUGGAGCAGGAAUUUGAAUGAAUCCCAAACACUGAGUAAUUGUUCUGUGCUUUCAUCUGCGUUUCCCUCAACUGGCAAAGCUGCUUCUGGGCUUUUUCCGGCUCAGCUGGGAUUGUUGCUGAGGGCAAGUUUGGCUGUUUUUCUCCAUUACGAUGAUGCUAAAACGUUUGUAAAUAACCUGAUUGAAAAAUAAGGAGAUGGCGCUGAGUGAAGCCCGUUUGAAUGGAUCAGAGGACAAUGGGAGAAUCUGCUGUCCUGAUUCUGAGUCAUCAGCUGUAGCCUGCGCUGCCAUUUCAGUUGAUAUGAAACUGAAAGUGUCUUAUACCCCUGGGUAUGGUUGGUUUCUCUCUCUUUCCUGAAGGCCAGUUAAUCACAUAACUGGAGAGCAGUUUUGUUAAACAGAACGUAGCUCGGAUGUAGUGGGGACUUUGAGACAAAUGACCAUUUGCUAAAAUAGUCAUUUCUUGAUCUUUGUUUUCUCCUCGCCCGUCCACGAUGAUGUGGCGCAUGGGGGGAAGUUCACGUGCAGUUCAGUCAUCAGGAGAGGUCAUGCUUCAGCCAAUUGGACGUGCUGCCAUGGAAACAGUAGUGACUCCGAGAUGGUAAAUAACAGCACACCCCAAUCUGUGCAACUGACUGAAGUAACUGACUACAAUCACACCCAUGUUCAGCUGGGUGAGGCGGUAUCGUUUCCAACUGUCUGGGAAGAGCAUUCCAGAGUAAGUGACUGAAAACUAGGGAAAAUAACUGUAUAUUUGGUUCCCAAAGGAGUUGAGGCCCAGGCCCUUCACAUUAGGAAGCUAUUUCCUUCCUAAUCAGGUGCAUGUUGCCUGUGUUUGGGGAAACACUGUCCCCGUCUGUGUAGAUGUGGAGGAAAUGGAAGUGGCAUUUUUGCUGAACUUACCCUUUGUUCAUGUUGCAGAUGGGUAUAAAAUGAACUCCAUGUUGAAUGUGGGGUAGUUGCGGAAUAGUGAUUUUUGAAUAGAUACCCCCACUUUUGGUGGCUUGCCGGGAUUCUGAUGCAGUCCCUAAUUUAGACCUGUGCCACCAGAUUAAAGAAACAAAUUGUAACGCUGCUGAGAUUUUGGGUGGUUUGAUAAAGGAUUCUACUCCAGAGAAGUGUAAAUUUCCCCUGACCAAGGCCAAGGAUUCGGCAGGCACUCGGUAAUAGCAGGUACCACUGGUUGGUUUUCACCCCAGAAAAGGACUCUGUGGUGACCCAGGUAAAACUGUGUUUAGAACACCCCUCCCUAGGUUAACGGCAUUGAGUGAGGUCCCUGAGGAUGCCGUAGAUAAACUGGGAACAAUUGUCCUUUACCAAAAGGCAAAGAAAGAAGCAGUUAGUGCCUUCAAAGGACGUUCCUUCCCCAUGGAUCCCAGGCUGGCUCCACUGGUGGACAAGAAGGACUUUCAUGCUGUGUAAGUGAUGAUAACCACUGAGGGAAUGGAUGUGUUAGACUGCAAGUGCAGACAGCCGGAUACAUAAAUGUGGAUUCUCUGCUUUUGUCUCUUAGUUUUGCCCUUGUGCUUUAUGCAUUUGCAUCACUUCUCCGUCACGUCCUGCUAAUCUGAAAGAUUAGAAAGUGUGAAAAUAGAGUAGAGGUGCUUGUUCUCAUGCUGCAGACCUUCCCUUUCACCAAUAUUUAUAGCAGAAGACCAAGAGAUAAACGAAUUCAAAGAAGCGGAAGACACUUAUGUUGGCACAGAAUGCAACUUUACAUGAGACUCACUUGAUAGAACUGGGAAUUAAGAGGAAACGAACACAUACAAGAUUUCGCAAUCUUCGAAUAUGUUAUUGUUACCAAUGGAAAUGAAAUUAAACAUGAAGUUAAUUAUUGGUUAAAGAGUACGACACUAAUUUUGUGAUAACAUGAAUUAUACUGGAACACUGCGACUUUACACUGGUUCUCUUUUAGUAUAGGAAAUGGUGACUAAUCUUUUCAGGUAUAUUUGAUGUAAGAUACAUCCUUUGUACUAAUAAGUUUUGAAGAAAAACUUCACUUCAACGGUUGGAGUGGGGGGAUACGAGAGAGAAAUAGUGUAUAUGAGAGUACUGACCCAGUGUUUAACUUCAGACUAUAACACCGUUUAAAAGAAAACUGGAUACAUUCAUGGAGGUUAAGUCCAUUAAUGGCUAUUAGCCAGGAUGGGUAAGGAAUGGUGUCCCUAGACUCUGUUUGUCAGAGGAUGGAGAUGGAUGGCAGGAG